AUGGAUCGGAGGACUUGUUGCAAAUUUUGGAGAAGCUACACAGGUAACUUUGCUUCUCCGUCUAUCUGCUCGGCCAAGGUCAGCGAACAUUACCUGACUUCUGUGACGGUCACCAAUCUGAUCCUGAAUCAGCUCAGAGAGUCUCUGCUGACUGUGAGGACAGACGCUGAUGGAUGUGGACUUGACGUGUCUCCUUCGCUGAUCCGUCUCGGUCUCAGUGAUCAAAGCUUCUAA